ACCUGUUUGGUGAGAAAAAAUGCAUUAGCACAUCUGCGUUUCUACCCAGUCAUCCCUGAGCUGUUCUAACUGGGUGGAGUACAGCCUUGCUCAAGGUUAGGAGCCAGAGGGUUGGCUGUUCAGACAGUCUCUGAGGCAGAAUUACUAUCUUCGGAACUCUGAUAUUCUUUUCAGUUCCACUUAGCAGCACUGGCAUCUUUGAAAGGCGACAUCGUUGAUCUUAAUAAGCGCUUACAGCAAACAGAACGAGAGAGAGAUUUGUUGGAAAAGAAAUUGGCAAAAGCCCAGGAAAUUAAAUGAAGCACACAAGUAAAGGAUGGGGAUACCUGGCUUGGUAAUAACAGUUGUGAAAAAAAAGUGUGAGCAAUCUCACCUAAUGAGAGAGCAUGAAGAUGUGCAAGAGCGUACAACGCUUCGUUAUGAGGAACGGAUCACAGAGCUUCAUAGCAUUAUUGCAGAGCUAAAUAAGAAAAUAGAUCGACUACAAGGAACUACUAUAAGAGAAGAAGAUGAAUAUUCUGAACUACGAUCAGAACUCAGUCAGAGUCAACAUGAGGUCAAUGAUGAUUCACAUAGCAUGGACCAAGAUCAGACCUCUGCUUCCAUUCCAGAGAACCAGUCAACUAUGGUCACAGCUGACAUUGAUACCUGUAGUGACUUGAACUCGGAAUUGCAGAGAGUGCUGACAGGACUGGAGAAUGUUGUCUGCGGGAGAAAGAAGAGCAGCUGUAACUUGUCUGUGGCAGAUGUCGACCGGCAUAUUGAACAGCUCACAACUGCCAGUGAACACUGUGACUUAGCCAUUAAGACAGUUGAGGAGAUUGAAGGUGUGCUUGGGCGGGAUUUGUACCCAAAUUUGGCUGAAGAAAGGUCCCGAUGGGAGAAGGAACUGGCAGGUUUGAGGGAAGAGAAUGAAAGCUUAACGGCAAUGUUGUGCAGCAAGGAAGAAGAAUUAAACAGAACUAAGGCCACCAUGAAUGCUAUCCGUGAAGAACGAGACAGAUUACGCAGAAGGGUUAGAGAACUACAGACCCGAUUACAGAGUGUUCAGGCAACAGGCCCAUCAAGUCCAGGUCGCCUCACUUCUGCAAACCGUCCCAUUAAUCCUAGCACUGGAGAACUGAGCACCAGUAGCAGUAGUAAUGACAUUCCCAUUGCUAAGAUUGCGGAGAGAGUGAAGCUUUCAAAGACGAGGUCAGAAUCCUCAGCAUCUGAUCGUCCUGUCCUGGGAUCAGAAAUCAGCAGCAUAGGAGUAUCCAGUAGUGUGGCAGAACACCUGGCACAUUCUCUUCAAGACUGUUCCAAUAUACAAGAGAUUUUCCAAACACUCUACUCACAUGGAUCUGCUAUUUCUGAAAGCAAAAUUAGAGAAUUUGAAGUAGAAACAGAACGGUUGAACAGUCGCAUCGAGCACUUAAAAUCUCAGAAUGAUUUAUUGACAAUAACUCUGGAAGAGUGUAAGAGCAAUGCUGAAAGGAUGAGCAUGUUGGUUGGAAAAUAUGAAUCCAAUGCCACAGCCCUCAGGCUGGCAUUGCAAUACAGUGAACAGUGCAUUGAAGCCUAUGAGCUGUUGCUAGCAUUGGCUGAAAGUGAACAGUCUCUCAUUCUUGGACAAUUCAGAGCUGCAGGUGUUGGGUCUGUUGGGGAUCAAACAGGAGAUGAAAGCAUCACCCAGAUGCUUAAAAGAGCCCAUGACUGUAGGAAGACAGCUGAGAAUGCAGCCAAAGCCCUGUUGAUGAAAUUGGACGGAAGCUGUGGGGGAGCCUAUGCAGUUACUGGCUGUAGUGUACAACCCUGGGAGAGUCUUUCUUCCAACAGUCAUACCAGUACUACUAGUUCAACAGCAAGCAGCUGUGAUACAGAGUUCACAAAGGAGGAUGAGCAGAGAUUGAAGGACUACAUUCAACAACUAAAAAAUGAUAGAGCAGCUAUUAAAUUAACUAUGCUGGAGCUGGAGAGCAUCCAUAUUGACCCCCUCAGUUAUGAUGUCAAGCCUCGUGGAGACAGUCAAAGACUGGAUCUAGAAAACGCUGUACUUAUGCAGGAACUCAUGGCAAUGAAGGAAGAAAUGGCAGAACUGAAAGCACAGCUGUACUUGCUAGAAAAAGAGAAGAAAGCUCUCGAGUUGAAGUUGAGCAGUCGAGAAGCCCAGGAACAAGCAUAUUUGGUCCACAUUGAGCACCUAAAGUCAGAAGUAGAAGAGCAAAAAGAACAGAGAAUGAGGUCUCUCAGUUCAACUGGUAGCAGCAGCAAAGACAAGUCAAGUAAGGAGUGCACAGAUGGCACAUCGGCAUCAUUAACACUAACUGAGCUCAAAUCUUACAAUGAAAGUGAGCUGACUGCAGAAUUGGCAAAUGCCCUCAGACGAGUAACCUUGUGGCUGCCUAUGAGAAAGCAAAGAAGAAGCACCAAAAUAAGCUGAAGAAACUGGAAUCCCAGAUGAUGGCAAUGGUGGAAAGACAUGAGACUCAAGUCAGGAUGCUCAAACAAAGAAUUGCUUUGCUGGAAGAAGAGAACUCAAGACCCCAUACCAAUGAAACAUCGCUUUAAGAGAUAUUAGUUUUCUUUAAAUCAAUGUGCCAUUACAAAAAUGACUCCUUACAGGACUCCUUGAGAUAGUAAACACAGUUGUUAAUUGAUACAAACCAGGCAAAGUUGGAGAUCAGUAUCUCAUAGUGAGAUUGCAACUUCAACAAUACACAGCCAUGGGCAGGAGCCCCCAAACAAAUGUUUUUGUAUAAUUGAGCAUACUCAGUGCCUGAUGGUAAAUGUAUCAGUUUAUCACAUUUUCCAUGUAAUAGUUUUACUGAUAUUAUUACAGAUUCUCUUAUAAAUUU